AUGAGUGGGAAUAAUCAAUUUAUAGAUUUGACUGUAGAAUCAUCAACAUUAUCAAGUGGAUCUGGUCCCUCGACAAAUAUUAAUAACAUUAAUGGUACAUCAGAUGUUUGGAUUUUCUUUAAUAAAAUUAACAAUGGCAAGGCUCAAUGUUAUUAUGAAAAAAUGAAACAGACCACUUUGAAACUUAAUCGAGUUAUACCAUAUUCAACAACUUCUCAAGAAUAUAAACUAAUUACUGAUAAACUGGUUAAUUGGAUUGCCAUGGAUACCUUACCAUUUACUAUUGUAGAAAGUCCAGCAUUUCAUGAAUUUAUAUCAUCUUUGAAUGAAAAAAAAAUAUCUCAAGCUAAAAAUGUGAAGUAUUUGGCUCCUAUUUUAGACUGUCCUACAUGUUGGAAUUUGACCUAUCUUAUGCUGGAAAGACAAAUAGAAACAAAGGAAAUCAACCAACGACUUGUCAGGAACAAUCCUAGUAGUAUUGAAUUAGAAUAUUUGACUGAAAAUGAUUGGAAACAAAUUGAUGACUUGUGUGUUAUUUUAAAACCAUUAUACAUUGCAACCAAAUUUUUAUCAUCAAGUUCACCCACUUUAAGUGAUGUGCGCAUUACUUUUACUGCAUUAAUUAAAGAAUUGAAAAAGGUAAUUGAUGGCAACAAUGAACAUUAUUUAAUUGCAGAUUCAGUUAAUCAUAAAUUAAAAGAAUAUUGGAGUCUCAUGGAAAAUAACACACGAAUCAGUUCUGUAAUUGAUCCAAGAAAUAAAUUAUCUGAUGUUGUUGAAGAAACAUCUACACCUGAUGAUAAUAUAGAAGGUGAUGAAGAGUUAAAUUGGGUUGGGUUAAUUGAUGAAUAA